AUGGCGCUGCCCAUGGAAUGUAAUUUGGAUUGGCAAUAUCGAGGUGAAGGCAACUGUAGUCUAGCUGUGGCGAAUUCCGAGGAAAAGAAAGUUUUUCGUUUUGUUAAGAAUUAUUUCACUCAACAGUUAGAGGCUAUAUCCAGUAAAUCAUUAGAAAGUCGAAAUCAAUCUAUAGAUGUUAUAGAAGAAGAGUUAAAGAAGGUUAUAGACUAUGUCAAAAAUGUUAUGCAACCAUUGUUAUCCAAGAAAUUUGUACAAAUACCAGUAUUAUGUAAAGUAAAAGAUGGAAUCCCUAAAGAAGCAGAACUGAUGGUGACACCUUCUAGACCAGGUCAUAGAAGAUGUAAAAGUCAGGAUAAUGUUGAUACUUCAGCCAGAACAGCAUUAGUACUUCCAGAUCUAUGUUUUUUACCAGGCAAUAUAAUGUCACCAUGUACAUCAUCUAAUAUAUCUGACACACCUACUAUUAGUAUUGAAAUAAAGCCCAAAAAGGGAUUUUUACCGACAUCUGAUGAUAUUGAUAAUACAUCAUUAAGACAUCAAGUAUGUAAAUAUUGUAUGCAUCAAAGGCUGAAGACAAAAGAAGGGAAAUGGCAAAGAACAACCAACUACUGUCCAUUAGAUUUAUUUUCUGGAAACAAACAGAGAAUGAAACAUGCAUUGUUAGGUUUAAUACACACACCCCAAAAUAAUCUCAAAAUAUGUAAGAAUGGUACAGAAGUUUAUGGUGCCCACAUCCAAUCAGAUCUAACAAAACUCUUUCAAGAUUUUUUCUCCAAUGAUAGAAAUAAUAAAUGUAUGUAUGCUGGUAAUUUUAUAGACCUAGUUAUUUAUAUUUUGUUAAUGCCACAGUUAAAGGGAAAUAACUCUCAUGAUACCAGCCUUGAUCCUAGUCAAUCUCAAUCACAAGUUUGUUACAAUUCUAAAUAUGUUGAAAAAUCUUGUAAUGCAGAAAGAGAAAGUAUGUUACCAGCAGAUAGUGUAUUAGAGAAGAUACAUAGUUUACAGUCAUUAGAUGAGUUUGAUAUAGAAUUAAUAUAUCCUAUAUAUAAAACACUACAGUCACAUCUUAAUAUUUACCCUCAACAUAGAGUUGAUUGGGGACUGGAUGGUCCAUACACAAGUGACUGGUUAACAGAGUCUAUUCACAGUGAAGAUUCUCAACACCUACAAUCAGCUGUUAUAAGAAUCAAAAAGUUUUUAAUAUCAAAAACAGUACAAGAUUGUUCUAUAAUGAUAGCUAUCAAACCAUUAAAUAAAAGACCAAGUGAUUCGAUGUCUGUGAUAAAUUAUCAUGAACAAUAUUUCCACUAUUCAAUAUCUAUAAUUGAUCUAGAUCCUAAACGCUUUGAUAAAAUACCAACAUAUUUUACUAUGGAACAGGAAAUGGAAGAGGCAUAUCAGGAGAAUUUAGAUAAGAGAAAAUUACAUGAGAAAUCCAAUGGUUGUGAUCAGGGUAGAAGUUAG